UGUGCAUCAACACCAUGGCGAAAGCGACGUCAACCGUGUGAAUAUAUUUUUGUUUUCUACACGAAAAUAUUGUUUUUUGUUCGUUUAUAAGUUAAAAGACUUUACGGAAAGUUACUUGAAGUGUUUACCUUUUACUCAGUGAAAAAGUUCUCCGCUAAAAGUUGAAAGUUUUGUGUGUGAAGUUGUAACGAACUCUGGAUCCCGAAUUCAGGUGUCAACGAGGAUGAUACACUCCUCAUACCCUGCGCCAUUCAGCUGAGUUUACAGAUUUUACCAGCAUUAUAAGAAAACGACAAAUUACAAACAUGCAGCGGCUAUAAGCUGCUACACAGGUGGUGUCUCGCCAUGCAGCGCGCGGGUGGGAGAAGGGCCUGUGCGCCAUGAGCCACACUCCCGUCGGCGGCCACCCGCAAGGUUGGGAGCACAAGCUUGCUGACAGGUCGUCGCUGCCGCCCGCGUCCGGGGAGGAGAAGACCAAGGCGCAACCCAAACAUGUGUUCGCACAACCACAUCUCUCCAAGGUGGGCAUGUCGGCAUGGCGCGAGGAGACGGAGGGCUCCUCGGGCAGCUCCCAGCGCUCGCCCGCCUCGCCUCCCUACAUGCGCUGGGCGCGCAGCCUGCACUCGCUGCUCGAGGACGCGGAGGGCGUCCGCUUGUUCCGCAAGUUCGUGUGCGGCGCGGGCGGGCUGCACGUGGACCGGCUCAACUUCUACUUCGCGGUGCACGGGCUGCGGCAGGAGACCGAGCCCGGGAAGAUACGACAGGUCGUCUCCGCUAUAUACAAAUUCCUGCGCAAGUCUCAGCUAGCGAUGCCGGAGCAGCUGAAGCAGCAGGUGAAGGUCAGCCUCAAGGACGGCACCAACAUCGAGCGCACCAUCUUCGACAACAUGGAGCAAGAGGUGACGCGUGCCAUAACGGAGACGACGUAUGCGGCGUUCCUGCGGUCGGACGCGUACGUGGCGUACGUGAGCGCGGCCACGCAGCCGCUGUCCUCGCCUGACGCCUCGCCGCCGCACCCGCACAGAGAUGUGUCAGUGGGCGGGCUAGCCACGCUGCACGAGGGCCAGGAGCUGUCGGGCUGCGCGGCGGCGAGCGGCGGCGGCGCGCGGCUAACGCACGACGCGCUGCUGGCCACGCAGUCGCGGCGCCUGCACUCCGACGUCGCGCCUGGCAGGCACCGCGGCCGGUCGGUGUACAGCGCGCACGUGACGUACGCGGGCUACUGCCCCGCCAGCCGCCAGGACUCGGAGCGCGCCUCGCUCAGCAGCGGCCGCGCCGACAGCGACGCCGUCAGCCUCUCCGGCAGCAGCCUUGACGGUAUGUCGGUGCGCGGUGCCCGCGAGCGCGAGCGUCACCGGCCGCGGCUGCCGGGCCUCGACAAGUACGCCGUCAUCAACAAGGAGCAGGACACAGGCAUGGUGAUACCCCGGACACAGCGCGUGCAAUCCGAACAGCUGCGCGUGCUCCCGCCGGCGGAGUUUGCCCCGCUGCUCAUAGAGAAGCUGGAGCGCGUGCGCAGGGAGCAGGAGAGCAAGGAGCGCCUCGAGCGGCGGCUGGCCGAGGGUGAGAGCGAGGAGGCGACGCAGGCGCUGCCGCCGGCGCUGGUUGCGGCCGCCAUCAGGGAAAAGCUGCAGCUGGAUGACGACAACGACCAGGACAUACUCGACCAGCACGUGUCCCGCGUGUGGUCGGAGCGCACCCCCGGCGCCUCCCCCCCGGGCACAAGGCGCGCGCGCCCACGCCCGCACCCAGCGCACCCCGCGCAUGCGCGCCGCGCGCCAUCCGCCCUGAGCGCAGACUCCGGCCACUACGACGCGCCGCCUGACUCGCUGCAUCAUCCGCAUUCGCUUACGCGCAGAUCGUUCUCAAAGAAGACAGUAACAGAGCUAACGGACUCCGGGGUGUCGGUGGUGAGUUCCGGUACCAGCGGCGCGUCGGCGGCGGGCGUGGAGCCGCGGAUCCUGCUUUGGAUCGCGGAGGGCUCCGAGCGACACGAGCGGAGGACCAGGGACUUGUCCAGGGGCUCGUCGCUGGAUCGGGAUGACCGCAAGCGGGAUAAACAGCGACCACGUGGCAGCGGCAGCAAGUCGAGCAGCACGAGCGGCGGCGGCGGCGGCGCGGAGCACACGGUGGUGGUGGUGUCCUUCCUGGACGAGCACGUGCCGUACCGGUUCAAGGUGCCCGCCGCGCCGCUCACGCUCAAGCUGUUCAAGGACUACCUGCCGCGCAAGGGCAACUACAGAUACUUCUUCAAGACAGAAUGCGCGGACCUUGACAACACGGUGAUCCAGGAGGAGGUGAGCAACGACAGUGACACGCUGCCCAUGUUCGAGGGGAAGGUGAUGGCGCGCGUCAAGAGCAUAGAGUGAACGAACCAACGAGUGAACUGCCAGGUGAACCAGUCAGGUGAAGUCGGUCAGGGAUCGUUGGGAGCCUGUUUUAAGUGACACACAGAUAGUGAAGAUACGGUAAUAUUUCAUCUUAAACUUACGUGUGGAUAGCAACCUAAGUGUGGCCGCUCUUUCCUAUAAUCUGUGACCAUCCGUUCAUCACAUCCGUCUUUAGACAAAUGUAAGGUCUGGUUGCAAGUUGUCAAUAAGACGAUCUGUAGCCACUUUUGAUAUGUCCCAAGAUGGAUACGGACGGUGAACAGUGAUUGGCGGAUAUGAAUAAUUCAUUCGAAUGGCCUAAUAUUCGAAAGUAAAAAAGAAAACAUCGGAUUGAAUGCUUAUCAUUCAAAUGUUUUCUUUAAGCACUUUUUAAUUUUAACACUUUCAAAAAUACAAAAUAAGUAAUUGUAAACGAAAAAGUAAAAACAUUUAAAUAAAAUAAAAACAAAAAUAUAAGCACUCAUUAAGUUAUCAAAAAAACAUUCGAAUGAAUUAUUUCGGUCAUAAAUCAUUUGAACUAUAUGUUCAAAUUAAAUUGAAUUCGAAUGGCAAAUGAUCUUUCGGAUACCAUGUAUGGAUCAUUCGAUUGUUAUUUAUUGGAACAGCUGUUCAUUCUGUCCAUCACUAAUGGUGAUAUAACAACAUUCUUGCCAUAGAUGCUAUGUGAGAAACUGAAAGCCGAAUUGUACGUGUGCAUAAGCACAUGUGAAGAUAAAAUAUUAAAGUACCUUCAUUUUUGUCCUUAAUAGAUUUUAGACGACCUUAGAUUUCGGUUGACAUAAGGACCUACCCUUCCAACUCGAAGGAAAAUCGUAAUUUUUAGUUAUGAAUACUUAAUAAAUCAAGAAUUAAGUUUUCUAGCUGACACGAAGUUUUUUUUCUAGCUGACACGAAGUUUUAAUGAAUUUGGAUUAUGUAUUGUUGAAGUUUUAAAUGUUUCUGGAUGUUUCCGACCUUUCAGCGGAAUCGAGGUCGUCUAAGCAGGUUCCUAAAUGCUCAGAUAGUUAUACCACUGCGGUGGUUAUAUUGAGACGACCCAGUAAUUGUAAGAAAUAAAUUGACUUCCGAAAUAACUAUAUGUCCCAAUUGUUGUAUUGUUAUGUUUUACUUUGAACUGAGUAUCGAGAUUAAUAUGUCGCCUUGUCAAACAACCCAACUUGCCUUGCUUGUUGUUUUGUUGGAAAUACAAUUUAUGUUUAGACUGACAUGUAACACAGUUACAUAAACAGCCUACAUACGUCCCACUGCUGGGCACAGGCCUCCCUCAAUCAACCGGAGGCGGUCUGGAGCAUACUCCAUGCUGUUCCACUGCGGGUUGGUCGAGGCGUUUCCGCUUCCGAAGCACGAAAUCAUCUUUCUUUAUCGGGCAACCAGGUGACUCAGCCUGCAGUGUCCUAGUCAAAGUACAGUCUCACAAAAAAAAAAAUAGUACACGACGUAAUUAUAUUUUUUUAAAUAUCGCUAUUUUAUGGUGUAGAGUUCUUAUACUGGAAUGUUUUAAAAGUUUUAUUGCAUUUAAGUUGUUUGACAGACGGCAUAUCAAACGGUCAACGUAAAAUGCUACAUAUUAUAAUGAUAUCGGU